GGGAAACACACAAGGACAGGAAGUAUAAGCUGGAAACACAGGGAUCAAGAACUAAACAAUAAAACAGGAAACACAAGAGACUGGACUAAAACACAAGAGAAUACAACACGGAUCACUAACAUGAGGAAGACAAAGGAUAACUUCUACAGAACUCAGACUGGGAGGAAACUAAACUAGAGGUCAACUCAUGACAGAUGCAGUUUGUGUCACUCACUCAUGUUGUUCCCUCUGAACAGAUCCUUGAACUUACCUGAAGCUGGUUCACAAAGCUUAUACUCUGACUAAAAGUGAAGAAAAGUCAUAUUUUGAACUGGAACUGUCUCAAAUAAUAAUGACAUAUUUAGCUAGUUGCAGCACUUAUCACUGGUUUCUUUACACCACCCUAUGGGAGGGCUGUGUCCCAACAUCCUCAGACCCUCUGUGUGAGACUGGAAUGUAAUAACUACAGAGGAAAUAGGAGCCUGACUCUUCCUGGAACUGAGAUUGUCUCCCCUUCAGCUGUCUGGGUUUCACCUGUUAGCCAAGAGGAAAGUUUUUAAAGAGGAAAAAUCUGUGCAAGAAAAAAGAAAAAGUAAAAUAUUAAAGGCUUCUGUCCCCAAUUUGAAAUACAUCUGUGAGUUCAAAUGCAGAUUCUCUAUUUCUUCAACAGCAGGAGAUCAAGUGUGCAUCUAGAGGCUGUUUCAGUUAUCUGACCUCCAAACAUGACUCAUGUCGCACUGGCUGAGAGAAGCCUGUGGAGAGAGACCCCCUCCAUCCUUCCAUCUCUACUCGGCAGACAGUCCAGCUGACCUCCUGACAGCCUGUUGCAGCUCUGAUGACGCCAACAUCCUCAUGUGGGAGGAAAUUGGAUGAAAAAACGUGUAUUUCCUGGUUAGUCCAUCUCUCCGAGCCGCUCAGCUCAUCCAUCCCUCCCUGUCAGGCUGCAGAAACAUCCCGCCUCUCCUCACAUGUGGAUUACUGGAAAGCAGGAGGGAUGAGGCUACCAGAGAAGAUACCCCUUAUUCUGACCCCUUAUCUUCAGGGGGUUCAAAAGGUAACUCACUCCCACAUCCACAGACAGAAGGACUUCACUCUGACCAGCAGCAGCCUCUGGGAGCGUCUGGGCAUGGAGGACAGGAACUUUACGCACGGAUCUAUUUCCACUAACGAGACUGUGGUGCAGCCGGUCCACGCUCACAGGCUCGAGACAGUGAUCGGUUUACCGAUCCUGAUGUUUGCUGGAGGAGCCCUCGGGAACCUGAUCGCGAUCAUCGUUCUCUCAGUCUCGAGGCAGGAGAGGAAAUCCUCCGCCUUCUACACGCUCGUGUGUGGACUGGCUGUCACGGACCUCCUGGGCACGUGCCUCGCCAGUCCCAUCACCAUAGCGAACUACCUGGACGGGCAGGUCCUGCAGGACCAGCAUGUGUGCGGGUUCCAGUCCUUCCUGUUGCUGUUCUUCGGUCUCACGGGUCUGAGCAUCAUCUGCGCCAUGGCUGCAGAGCGCUACCUGGCCAUCUGCUGUCCCUACACCUACCAGCGGUGGGGGGUGGACCGUGGCUUUGCGCAGAGGUUCCUGCUCUUCAUCUACAUCAGUCACAUCCUCUUCUGCUGCCUCCCUGUGAUGGGCAUGGCGAGCAGCGAGCUGCAGGACUCCAGGACCUGGUGCUUCAUUGACUGGAGGACUCGGAAGCCCCUGACUGCAGCGUACUCCGUCCUGUACGGGACCGUCAGCGUGCUCCUCAUCUUGGGCACCAUCCUGCUGAACCUGGCGGUGUGUGGAGCUCUACUGCUCAUGCGCAGGAGGACCGUGCAGCGGCCCGUCAGCAGAGGCAGCGUCCGGGAGAGGUGGAGGGCUCUGUCCUCCGCGGCAGAGACGCAGAUGAUCGCGGUGCUGGUGACCACCUCUGCUGUGGUUCUGACCUGCUCAGCUCCACUAGUGAUUCGUGUGUUUGCAAACUGCUUCAUGCCGAAUGACGACCACAAAGCUGACCUGGCUGCCAUCCGCAUCGCCGCUGUGAACCCCAUCCUGGACCCCUGGAUCUACAUCCUGCUCAGGAGGUCUCUGUUCCAACGGUUACUCAGUUUAUCGAGGCACGGCAGCAGCACACGCAGCAGCUCGCCUCCUACUCCACACAGACACCUGUUAUAUCCUGAACUGAUGGACAGCCACGUGCUCACACGCCUCAUGUUCAACACAAACGUCAUCACGCAGGUUCCUGUCAGCGUCAAGUUCACUCCGUACACCACAGAGAGCCUCCAGCAGACUUAAGACCCUCUGAAGGUGUGUGUGAAACCUGUGGAUGUUUGCUGCAUCCUUACUCUGCAAGCAGCCGGAGACGUCGUCUCAGAGCUGUCGACGGUGGGAUGGAAACACUGUGAGGACUCUGAGGACUCACAGCUGAUGGGACGCUCCGAGAUCUCAUUGGAUUAUUAUUCAACAUGAGCUAAAGGCUGAUCUGAGCGCUGGCGGGGAAACAGGAGAUAUGAGACUCUGUUGUUCUCACUAAAGAACGACAGAAAAGACUGAGUGCUUCAUUCAGCUGCUCCUCUGCAGCUCAUGCCUCCUCUCUAAGACAUGACUGUGGUUGCACUUUUCCUCUCUUCAGGAACCAGGUUUUUCCUUCAGGGUCGGUUCACGGCUCCUGUAUGUGAAUCUGGAGAGCUCAGAGGAUCAAUGACUCUUGGGAUCCAAGGAGAACUUCAUCAGGUUCUUUGGUGUAGUAUAAGAAACGUCUUAAACACUGAUAUGAAGCUCUGACUGAACAUGGCUGUUGGAUGUUUGCAUUAAAGAUCCUCCAGCUCGA